CGCGCUCGUGCGCAACUGCGUGGACAUCGGCACCUCCGACAACCUGACAGACUUCCUGGUGGAGAUGGGCUUCCGCAUGGACCACGAGUUCGUGGCCAAGGGGCACGUCUUCCGUAAGGGAAUCAUGAAGAUCGUGGUCUACAAGAUCUUCCGCAUCCUGAUCCCUGGGAACACAGAGAGCAUCGAGCCGCUCUCCCUCUCCUACUUGGUGGAGCUCAACGUGGUGGCACCAGCUGGCCAGGACGUGGUGUCUGAUGACAUGAGGAACUUUGCUGAGCAGCUGAAGCCUCUGGUGCACCUGGAGAAGAUUGACCCCAAAAGGCUAAUGUGAAGAUCU